AUGGCUCCCGACAGAGGCCCUCCCUCUCAAACCCACCCUCCCUCCACGACCGAUGUCGAAGAUCAUGAACUGGCUCCUGGCAGAGGCACUCCCUCCACGUCCGAUGUCGAAGACCAUGAAUUACUCCCGCAGGCUGGUCAACAGCAAGAUAUCUCCCGCACUCGAUCUGACCAUGCCUGCUAUGCCGUCCCUGGCGUGCAUGAUUCGGCUCUGGAUGGGACAAAUUUCACAUUUCGAGGGGUUGCCGUUGGUACACUGAUCGGGGUCAUCAUAACAUUUUCCAACGUCUACUUUGGGUUGCAAACUGGUUGGGUCUCGGGGAUGGCGAUGCCGGCCUCCUUGAUUGGAUUCGCCGUCUUCAAGUCGAUAUCUCGCUACUUGGUUCUUCCAUUCACGCCCAUGGAAAAUGUCCUUGUCCAGACGGUCGCUGGCGCGGUAGGCACCAUGCCGCUGGGACUAGGUUUUGUCGGAGUCAUGCCUGCUAUACAGUUUUUGCUGAAACAGAGUGAGGGUGCUCCUGUCGAUCUGAGUCUGUGGAGGCUCUUCGUCUGGGGUGUUGGUCUCUGCUUGUUUGGCGUUGUAUUCGGCGUACCCUUGCGAAAACAGGUCAUCAUUCGCGAGCGUCUCAAAUUCCCCAGUGGCACUGCUACAGCCCUGAUGAUAAGUGUACUGCAUGGCGGUUCCAAGAGUGAAGAGGCUAAGCAUCGAGAGAUCGAAACUCAAGGCACUGAGGAGCGCGAAGAACUGUUGAGGGAGACCGAUCGAGACAAUCAGCCGGAGCAAGCAGACGAACGUAACAUACAAGGGGAUUGGAAAAGACAAAUCCGCCUUCUUGUAGUUGCAUUCCUCGCCUCCGGUGCUUACACUCUGGUCCAAUACUUCCUUCCCAUCCUCCACAAAUUACCCAUCUUUGGCACCUACCUGGCGAACACCUGGGAAUGGACGCUCAAUCCUUCGCCGGCAUAUGUUGGACAAGGUAUCAUUAUGGGGCCUGCCACUACCUUCCACAUGCUUCUCGGCGCUAUUGGAGGCUGGGCGGUACUGAGUCCUAUAGCUAAAAACAACGGCUGGGCGCCGGGACCCGUGGAUGACUGGGAAACAGGGAGCAAAGGCUGGAUCGUUUGGGUCAGCUUGGCAAUUAUGCUGGCUGAUGCAGUCGUCAAUCUAGGCUGGCUGUUCCUUCGACCUACCAUUCACUAUGGUCCAGAUUGGAUCCUAUCCCUCCGCGGACAUUACAGAGACAGUUCUUCCUGGUCCGACUUUUUGCUCGGAAAACAACUUGCCGGAUAUAUGUCCCUCCACACGACCGUACGAGCACCUCAGUCCUCCCACACCGAUCCACUGAAAACCCCAUCAGACGAGCCUCCUGACGAUGCGCCACCACAUCACCUUGUGUCCAGCCGGACCGUCGCCAUCCUCCUUCCCAUCACACUGAUUGUUUGUGUUGUGUGCAUCCACAUAUCCUUUGGCGCUUACAUCCCUAUUAGCCUCAAUAUCCUCGCCAUCCUUCUUGCUCUCGUCCUCUCGAUCAUGGGCGUGCGCGCUCUCGGUGAAACAGAUUUAAAUCCCGUUUCUGGAAUUUCCAAAUUGACGCAAUUGGUCUUCGCCUUGAUCACGCCCACUGGCCCACAUGCAAACCACAGCAUCAUCAUCAACUUACUCGCGGGAGCUGUGAGCGAAGCGGGGGCGCUUCAAGCUGGCGACAUCCUCCAAGAUCUCAAAGCGGGACAUUUAAUUGGGGCGUCACCCAAGGCACAAUUCUAUGGUCAGCUUAUAGGGAGUGUUGUGGGAGCCUUCGUCUCUGCCGCAGUCUAUAAGUUGUACGUCUCGGUCUACCCGAUUCCAGGAGACCUGUUUGAGAUUCCCACGGCCUAUGUGUGGAUCUUUACCGCACGACUGGUGACGGGGAAAGGUCUGCCGCCGAUGGCCUGGCAAUUCGCUCUGGUUUUUGGUGCAGUGUUUAUCCUCACCACCACUCUUCGGAUAUACCUCCUCGCAUACAGAGAUUCUAAGCCCUGGUGUAAGGCUUUACACCCAUGGAUCCCUGGUGGCAUCGCAGUGGCAGUGGGCAUGUACAACACUCCCAGCUUCACACUGGCACGAACUAUUGGUGGAGUGAUAUCUCUAUGGUGGAUAGGAUGGAAAGGUAGAGGAGAGACGAAAGUCAUUGUGCUCGCGAGUGGCUUGAUUCUGGGAGAAGGUGUGGUUAGUAUUUUGAACUUGGUGUUGGCGAGUUUGGGGGUACCACAUCUAUGA